AUGCACACCCUCACCCACACCAUCCUAUCCCUGCUUCUCUUCUGUCUAACAACAACAAACGCAUGCAUGCACUACAAAGCCACCUUCCCCUUCAACCCCACCCUCCCGUUCGAAGCCUCCAUCUCCGACAACCGCAUCACGACCUGUUGGAUCAGCACUACGUACGCGGAGCACAGGGCGUUGCAGAUUGCUGUCAAGGCGCAGAAGAGUGAGGAGGCGGGGUUUCUGCCGUGGGAGUUUGAGUGUUUGCGUUUGGGAAUAGAAGGGUACAAAGCCCACGCAAACGUAGGCGCGCGAACGGUCACUUAUAUAGCCCACGGACAGGAGUUCUAUUUUAUUCCCAAGGAGAAGGAAGAUGUGGUGGGGGAGAAGUGGGUUUAUGAUCUCAAGCUGUGGUGUGGGAAGCCCGGGAAGGGGGGGUUGAUCGCUCCUUGA